AAAUCCAGGUGGGGCAGUAGGAGGAGGCCACCCUGGAGCAGGACUGUGAGGAGGAAGACUGGGCAGAACAGGGAUUGGCCCAGGAAGGGUUGAGGCCAGUGGGCUCCGCCUCCUUCUCUGCCUUCCCCGCCUCUGUCACCAAGCUCCGGUGACUGCUUUGUAAGAUUUGCGAACCAGGUGAGCAGGAAUUCCUGUGACCCCAGCCACCAGCCCGGAAAAAGGUAGUGGGAGUAGAACUGGGUGCCAGCAGUUGAGGGAACUCACAUUCUGGCUUCAGAUUUGGCCUGCCUUGAAGCUGUUGCCAUUUCUGAAAAGGCCUUCCCUGUCCACUAGCCUCCCAGCAGCUGUGCUGACUGACUCCUAGCCCCAAACUGGAAAUCUGAAGGAAUUAAGAGCAGCGGGGAGGAGGUAUGUCUGGCAGAUGUAGGGUGUAGAAAAGGACAGCGGUGACAAGGACCAGGCUUUUGUAAAACCGUGUACAAGAAGCUGUGUCCUUAUAGUAUGGUUGAGUCAAUGCGCAAUUUCUCCCUCCAACCAGAGCAUGGACUGACUGUGGGGGAAUCAGAAGACUGGGCACACAGGCGGUGUCUUUUUGCAGGUGCCCUGGGAGGGGCCAUGGUGCCAAGCCAGUUGUGGGGGAUACUGAAGAAGCCAUUUCUUUUCCUGAGCAGCGCUUUCCUCCUCCUGGGCCUGACUUUGCUGAGCGUACAGCCAAACCUCACCCAUGUUGCUUAUAUCUUUCUCAUUUUGGCUGGUGUUCUCUUGUUUGGGUGCCUCCUGACUGCUUAUCUGGAAUGGCACCUCCAAUCAAUGCAGAGAUCAAGACAGUCAAUGCAGACUGAGAGCCAAGAGACCACAGGCAGAGGACGAGACAAUGAAGCUUUUGAGGUACCAACCUAUGAAGAAGCAGUAGUGACUUCAGAGUCACAGAACCACCCACAAGAAGUGGAUCAGCCACCCUCUUACUGCAGUGUUGUAAUCGCCCCAAGACCUGAGGGGGAACAGGCUCCCCAACUAGAGAGACCCAGGACAGGCAGACUGGAAAAUCGUGUGGGCUCCGAGGGGUCCAUUUCUCUGGGAGGAAACCAUGCAAGACCCCUUGUCAGCCUCCGGCUUCGGGGACCACGUGUUGUAUCCACUGCUCCUGAUCUGCAGAGCUUGAGGGAGACCCCCAAAUUGGAGCCCCUUACUCCACCCCCAGCCUAUGAGGACUGUUUUGCACAGCCAGAUGAUAACGUUUUCUAUGAAGACAACUGGACACACUCUUAGGCAA